AUGGGUCCAUCUCUUAUCGUCAUGCCGUUAGCAGCUCAUGAAUCACAAGUUUUUUCAGUCCCUUUUACUGAGGCGAAUGUUUGUAAGGCUCCGGCAAAUGUGAGGAAGCCACGUGCACGUUACCCUUCUUCUUCAGAUUCUUGGCCAUCUCACAUUCUUGCACAAUUAGACAGUUAUGGAUUGGUUGAUGAUCUAAACCCUAAAACCCGAGUCCCAACUGCCGUCCGCCGUCUGCCUCCGCCCACCGGUGGUCGGCUCCGAGCCUACAGCCUCCACAUCCCAGCCGCCUCACAUCCAAUCAUGUCCGCCAAGUGGCGCGCGAUACAGCAUCGCCACCGUUACACCUACAGCGCCGUCGUGUUCCCGCCGCAUUUCGUUCGGGAACUGAACCGAACUCCCGACGACCACCCUUUCUUCACCGAACUGAAGCACCUGGUAUCGCUCAACUCCACUUACGCCCAGAUCGAACACGCUAAGAAAAUCGCCGCCGCUUUUUCCAAUUUGAUAUCCGAUGGAAACACAUAUGAAAAGACGGUUUCCCGCGCUGCGAAAUUGUAUCUGGAAAUCCUUUUCCUGGAGAACUCCUUGCCCUUGCAUAGGACGCUGGCUUCCGUGCUGGCCAAGUUGAAGAACAAUCGGAGUUUGAUCGAGAGCCAUUUUGAGCAGCUGUGCCACGAGUACGGUGGCGGGCAGAUCGCAGGAGAUGGGAAAAUAUUCUGUGUUUCGCGGGCAGCACUCUCCAUGAUGAGCACGCCUAAGUUAGGCUACUUGGUGCAAGUAGUCGAACAAUGCGCGAUUCUGGUGGGGUUAGAUGUGGUUUCGAGCUUAGGUAGUGUUGUGAAUGAAACAAAUGAAUGGUCAAGGCCUUCUCCACUUGUCAUGGAACAGUGCCAGGAGGCACUCUCGUGUAUGUACUACUUGCUUCAACGCUUCCCGGGAAAAUUCAACAAUGCAGGUGGGGAAAGUAUUGCGUCGAAUGAUUCGAAUGUCCUGGAAAUGGCUUUGUCAAUUGUUUUGAGCGUUUUGAAGUCUCAGGCGUUUUCAAGAGACUGUUUUGUGGCAGCUGGGGUAAGUUUGUGUGCAGCACUGCAAGUUUGCUUGAGUCCAGAAGAGCUCGGACUAUUUAUCAUGCGAGGUAUUUUUCGUGAAACUGGCGUUCAGGGCGGUGAGAUUGAUUUUGAUGCCGUAGUGGAGAAGAUUUCGUAUAAGGGUGAUUUGGUUGAUGAAAUUUAUAAAUUUUCGGCACUGAGUAGACUUUGCUUGAUCAGAGGAAUACUGACUGCUGUUUCUAGAACCGUCCUUGACACUCAUUAUGCAGUGUUGAAUGAUGGUGCGAACGGUGAUGAAGAUGAAUAUUUGGUGAAGACCAUACUUUAUGAUGCUAUUUUACCCGAGUUGUGCAGAUACGCCGAAAACCCUACUGACAGUCACUCUAAUUUCCAUGCAUUGACCGUAAUGCAAAUAUGUCUACAGCAGAUAAAAACUUUGCUCCAAGGCGACACUGGGUGCGCCCCAGAUAAUUAUGAUCCAAUUCCCGAGGCUAUGGGGGCUAGGAUAUUGAAGAUUGUGUGGAAUAACUUGGAGGAUCCUUUGAGCCAAACUGUUAAACAAGUUCAUUUGAUCUUUGAUCUCUAUUUAGACAUUCAGUCCAGUCUUCAUUGGGCAGAAGGUAGUGAAAAUAUAAAGUUGUUCUUGAAGAGGAUUGCGUUGGAUCUUUUAUGUAUGGGGCCACGUUGCAAGGGAAGGUACGUCCCAUUAGCCUCACUUACUAGGAGGUUGGGUGCCAAAACUAUUAUUAAAAUGAACCCGGACUUGCUCUCUGAAACAGCAAAGGCGUAUGUUGAUGAUGAUGUGUGUUGUGCGGCCACAACCUUUCUCAAGUGUUUCCUUGAGUGUUUGAGGGACGAAUAUUGGAGUAGUGAUGGAGUCGACAAUGGAUACACAAAAUACAGAGGCUACUGCUUGCUGCCAUUUUUGCACGGACUAGCAUUUGGAUUCGCUAAGCUAAGGUCGAACUUGAACACAUAUGCAUUGCCUGUUCUUCUCGAGUUAGACGUUGACAGUAUAUUUUCUAUGCUCGCGUUAAUUGGGAUAGGUCCAACUGAGGGCCCGUUAUUUUCUCAUAAUGAUAUCAGCAGCACGGAGAUGGAUCUUGGGCUCGAACAGAAAAUUGCUGUUUUGGUGUCAUUGCUCAAGGUCUCUCGUGUUCUUGCAUUGAUGGAAGGAGACAUUGAUUGGUAUGAGGAGUCUUCAAUUUCCCCUGAAGCUGCAGAGCUUGAUCUUGAAAACAGUAAUUUACAGUGUGCUGUUGGGAUAAAGGGCGUCGAGGUAAAAAUCCCAGUCAAGUGGGUCAUAUUAGCUUUGACCCACGUAGACGAGUCACUCCGCAUGGAUGCAGCAGAAACUCUGUUCUUGAACCCAAAAACGGCCAGCUUGCCUUCUUCUUUGGAACUUAGUUUGAUGAGAAAGGCUGUGCCCUUGAACAUGAGAUGUUGUUCAACUGCUUUCCAAAUGAAGUGGAAUAGCUUGUUCAGGAAGUUCUUUUCUCGGGUCAGGACUUCAUUAGAGAGACAACUUAAGGUAGGAGCAUGGAAGCCUCUUGUAUCGGCUGGAGAUUCGAAUGGAGUUUGUUUGCUUACAGGAUCUGAGAGUAUUAUAAAACACAGGGCUGAGAUUCUUUUUGAUUUUACCAAGUGGCUGAGUUGUUUCUUGUUUUUCUCCUGCUAUCCUUCUGCACCAUAUGAGAGAAAGAUAAUGGCAAUGGAGCUCAUAUUGAUAAUGUUGAAUGUUUGGCCUGUGGUCCCAACACUAUCAGAAAAUAAGGAUAAUUUUUAUUCUAAAACUAGCCUGUACCCAUACAGUAGAAGUUUAUCUCUACCCGAUUCUACUUUGCUGCUUGUUGGAUCAAUUGUUGAUAGUUGGGACCGACUGAGAGAGAAUUCGUUUCGUGUUUUACUAUAUUUUCCUACCCCUCUUCCUGGCAUUACUAAUCCAGAUAAGGUCCGUGAGGCAGUUAUGUGGGCUAAACUGCUAAUAUGCAGUCCACGUGUACGUGAAAGUGAUGCUGGGGCCCUCAUGAUGAGGCUUCUCUUCAGGAAGUAUGUGUUGGAGCUGAGGUGGAUAGUUAGACCAUCGUGUAAUUAUGUAUCUUUGUGUUUCGAGGCUGAGCUGGCAAACGGUGCCCAUUGCAUGCCGAGCUCACCCGUGGUAACUUAUCUGGUAUCACUUAUUGAUUGGCUGGUUUUUGCUGUGGAAGAUGCUGAAAAGAAUCUUUCGGAAGCAUGCAAGAAUAGUUUUGUUCACGGGAUAUUGCUCACUCUACGAUAUACGUUUGAGGAGCUGGAUUGGAACUCUAAUGUGUUUACGCAUAGCAUGUGCCAAAUGAAAGACGUGUUGAAAAGGCUGUUGGAGUUGGUCAUGCGAAUAACUUCUUUGGCCCUUUGGGUAGUUUCGGCUGAUGCAUGGCACUUACCUGAUGAUGAUAUGGAAGAAAUAGAGGACGAUGAGGUGUUCUCUGUGGAUAUUCCGGAUGAAAUUGAUUCAUCUGGACUGAAAUCACAGGUUGGAGUUAAAGUUAGGAAAGUUGACGAGGAGAUUGGACCCUCUGACCAGAUUGUUAUGGUUGGUUGCUGGCUUGCUAUGAAAGAGGUGAGCCUUCUUCUGGGGACAGUAAUAAGAAAAGUUCCUUUACCUACUUGUGAUGAAAUGCGUAAAGCAAUUGCUACAUCCACUGAUGGAUCUGAUCUACCGUCUGAUGUGAUGCUUGAUUUACAACAACUGGAGACAAUCGGCAACCAUUUCUUGGAAGUCCUUCUCAAAAUGAAACAUAAUGGUGCAAUCGAUAAGACAAGGGCUGGGUUCACUGCACUGUGCAACCGUUUGCUUUGUUCAAAUGAUCCAAGGCUAUGUAAAUUGACAGAGUCCUGGAUGGAUAUACUAAUGGAAAGAACCAUAGCUAAGGGACAGACAGUGGAUGACCUGUUAAGAAGAAGUGCAGGUAUACCCGCUGCUUUUAUUGCAUUUUUCCUCUCCGAGCCCGAGGGCACACCCAAAAGGCUACUCCCUAGAGCACUUAGCUGGCUAAUAGAUGUAGUUAAGAAGUCUUUAGCCGAUCAAAAAACCAAAGCAAACAUCUUGGGUGGUCCGAACGGCACGAAAGAAAUAUCAAAGUUCCGGGACGAAGGUGUGGUCCCCACAGUGCAUGCAUUCAAUGUUCUGAAGGCAACUUUUAACGAUACGAACCUGGCGACUGAUACUUCGGGCUUUUGUGCCGAGGCAAUGAUAAUCUGCGUGCGCUCGUUCUCUUCUCCAUAUUGGGAGGUCCGCAACAGCGCCUGUCUUGCGUAUACUGCUUUGUUACGUCGAAUGAUUGGGUUUCUGAAUGUGCAGAAAAGAGAGUCGGCCAGGCGGGCCCUAACCGGGCUUGAGUUUUUUCACAGGUACCCGACAUUGCACUUGUUCCUGAUGGACGAACUGCAAGUGGCCACUGAAUUUCUUCCGGAAGGAUCACCCAAACGAGCCAUGUCCAACCUGAAAAACGACCUUCACCCAAGCCUGUGCCCAAUGCUGAUACUUCUCUCCCGCCUCAAACCUUCUCCGCUUGCAAGUGAAACCGGAGAUCCUUUGGACCCUUUUCUUUUCAUGCCUUUUAUCCGAAGGUGUUCUUUCCAAAGCAACUUCCGGAUCCGUGUACUUGCAUCCGGAGCUCUAACGGGCCUCGUAUCCAACGAGAAGCUGCCAGCUGUCAUCUUCACAAUGGCCUCGGAGCUGCCUUGUCACGAAAACAACAAUAUCAUCAUGUCAUCGAAUUCGAUUCACGGAAUGUUGCUACAGCUGAACUCGCUUCUUAACACUAACUGUAGAAAUCUGUCUGACCCCUCCAAAAAGGACGAAAUACUCGAAAAAUUGGUUCGAAUACUAAAGAAACGCGCAUGGAUUGGGAGCCCACAGCAGUGCCACUGCCCGACACUCAAUCUGUGCUUUCUGAAAGUGCUCGAUAACAUGCUCGCUGUUUCAAGAACCUACCCGACGAGCAAAAGCGUGGGGCCCACUUGGAAAAUCCUCCAUGAUUUGUCUUCAGAAUACUUGGAUUUAAAGCCGGCCCAUCGGCAGCUGUAUUUUGACCCAACUGUUCAGGAGCUUCGCAAGCAAGCCGCAGUUUCCUACUUUAAUUGCAUUUUCCAGACUUCGAAAGAAAUAGGAGAUGGUGAAUUUCUGACGAGGAAAAAAUUUUCCUCACCUGAUAAUAAUAAUAAUUUGUUCGAAGCAGUUGAAAUGGAGGGUGCUGCUUUUACUGGAUUUCAGGAAAGAUUAAUCCGCUCGAUGUCCGAUCCAUCAUACGAAGUGCAACUCGCAACAUUAAAAUGGCUUCAUUUGUUCCUGAAGAGAAUCAAGCUGUAUGGUGAUUGUGGGGAGGACCAUUUUUAUUGCGAGGCUGUGAGGAUAUGCUCGACAGAUAUCAAUCUUCAGGAUACAGUCAUGAAGCUUCUGGCUUCUGAGAAGCACCAUAAAUGCACGCAUUAUCUUUUGAAAAUUCUCUACACUUGGAACUCGCUCCAAUCUCCUGAUGACACCCGAUUACUAAUCUCUGGGCCGAGAUAUGUUUGUAAUAUGGACUGCAACUCCGUAUUCCAGUUAUGGAAAGAGUUGGUUUCCUUUUUAGAGAUCACAAGGCAUGCAAAGACUCGGCAGACGCUCAUCUGCUGUUUAGGAAUAUGCGCCAAGCAAAUUUCCAAUCUUUUCAUGAACCGAAAAUCCGACCCUAGUAGCAGAUCAUUUUUGCAUUUUUACGAGGCGUUGAGUUACUUUGUGGGCCUGAUAGAACAAUACAGCGAAGCUUCACAGCCCGUAAAUAUGCGAAAGGCAGCUGCCGACUCAUUGGUAGCUUCUGGCUUGCUGGCACAUGCCGAGGCCCUUGGCGUGCUAAUUUCCGAAAAUAGCCUUUCUUCUAAUUUUUUUAAGGUAGAAGAUGAUAUCAAACUCUACACUCGCAAGGUGCUUGAUUUAUGGUCAACGUGCGUGAAGCUUCUGGAAGAUGAAGAUGCCGAGCUACGGAAAAAACUCGCCCUAAAAAUACAAAAAAAUUUCCUGUCGAGAAAUGACAUAGCUUCCAGCCAAGUCGAGAAAGUGAUCGAGUCAUGUUUCGAGCAUCUCUCGAGAAUAUUCGGACGCUGGCACGAUUACUUGGAUUAUCUUUGUUCUUGGGUCCUAAAUGCCGCUAAUGGCUCAAACUAUGUCCUCUCGGGAGAAAACCUCGUCCGGCGUGUUUUCGACAAGGAGAUCGACAAUCAUCACGAAGAAAAACUCUUAAUUUGUCAACUGAUCUGUUGGCAUUUGUCGAAAAUUCCGGUUUCAAAAGAAAUCGAGUCUAGGGAUGUUUUGCGUAAAUGGAGGACAAAAUUUUUCGAGCAGUUGGUUGAGAUUGCUCGUGAGCGUGUAGGGAGAAAGGGAUGUGUAGGGUGGGUCGGUGGACUCGGGAAUCACAAAGACACAUUUUUGCAAAUAUAUGCGAAUUUGCUCGGAUUUUAUGCCUUGUCGAGUUGUGUUGCGAUCGAGGAUGGAGAUAACGGGCAUGUGGUGUCUGAGGUUUCGACGGUUGGUGAAGCGAUUGGUCCGUUUAUCGGUAAUCCUUUGAUUUGCAAUAUGUAUUUGAUGGUUAUUAGGUUGUAUGAGAAGUGUUUGGGUAGGACUGUUGUGGAUAGUUUGAGAGAAAGGCUGGGAGAGAGGGAUGAUUCUGGUUGGGAUGAAUUUAAUCCUUAUUUUCUGCUCAAGUGAAUGAAAAUGAUGAUGUAACAUCGUGUAUUGAAGUAGAUGUGCUUGUUCUGGGGUUUGAAGUUGUGAAAAAUCGCCCCUAUGAGAUAUGUACACUAUUCUGUUUUUAAUUUAUACACCUGAUUCCAAAGUUUUUUCUGUCUUUCCAAAUGAAGGUCAGAUUAUAUUUCAACAAAAAUGGUAUGCUUUUGUUCGUAUUUUAUUUUAAAUUUUAAUGUAUGAUAUUUUUAGUGUGCAAAUAUGUAUGACAACC